UGUAACAGAAUCUAUUUGCUGUAGAAGCUACAGCAAAAUUCCAUAAUAUGUUGCCAGCCAUGGUAAAACUCACAUAUAAUUUAUAUCCAGAUCCCAUCUGCGAUUUUCUAGGUCGAGUAUUUAUUUUUCCUUUCUUUGCAGAUCCAUUAGCUGCUAUCCAUAUGCAUAGCAUUUCAGGUAUGCAUUGAGUUAAUCGCCCAAAAUAAUAGAGGCUUAGAGGCCUCAAUCUCUCUGUCAACAAGGUCUUUCGAAAAGGUACAAUCAGUUCCAUUUGCAGAAUAACCCACGUGCACCAAAGCAGAAUCAACACAGUUCUGUGUACAACUUAUUCAAUCAGAUGGGACACAUGAGGAGGACAUAGUUUUAUGCAAAUGUUUUGCUGAUAUCAUUUUUCUUCCACUUAUUUGUAAUAGAGUUUCAUCUAGCAAUGAGAAAGAGGUGUGCCCAAGAGUUUGUGAUUUCUUUACUUGUUUUGGUCUUUUUAAACCAAAUUGAGGGCAAUGGAUUGAGUAAAGAGUGGUCUAUCAUAGAUGAAGAUCUUGUAAACUCUACUGGGAUUACUAAUGACCAGCCCACUUAUCUGUGGCCUCUGCCCAAAAAGCGGAGCAAUGGCAAUGUGACAGUCACAGUUGAUCCAAAUUUAGGCCUUGUCAUACAAGGAAUUGGUCAUAAUUCAAGCUUGGUUCGGGAAGCUUUUGCACGCUACAAAAAUAUUAUUCUCACCCAUCAUGUCAAGUUUGGGAAUCGAAACAGUGAGCAGAACAUUGAAUAUAGCAUCAGCAAGCUGAUCAUUACUGUUUCCACUGCUGAUGAGACUCUUCAACUUGGAAUUGAUGAAAGCUAUUCUCUUUAUGUGCCUGUGGGCGAUGAACAUUCAAUUGUUCAAGGUGCUCAUUUGGAGGCAAAGACUGUGUAUGGUGCAUUGCGUGGCCUAGAGACAUUCAGCCAAUUAUGUUCAUUCAACUUUAUGACAAAGAAUGUGGAAAUAUCUAAUGCACCUUGGUUUAUCCAAGAUAAACCUCGAUUUGCAUUUCGUGGGCUACUUUUAGAUACUUCUAGACAUUAUCAACCAGUGGAAAUCAUCAAACAAAUAAUUGAUUCCAUGUCAUAUGCUAAACUUAAUGUGUUCCAUUGGCAUAUUGUGGAUGAGGAAUCAUUUCCUUUAGAGAUUCCUUCAUUCCCUGGCCUUUGGAAGGGUUCUUACACAGGAUGGGAGCGCUAUACAUUUGAUGAUGCCCAUGACAUCGUGGAGUUUGCAAAAUCAAGAGGCAUCAAUGUGAUGGCAGAAAUAGAUGUUCCUGGUCAUGCAGAAUCAUGGGAGUUGAAAAAUAUAACUACAUCAAAGAUCAUGCAUGUGAAAAGGGGCGUUGGUUACCCUGAUUUGUGGCCAUCUGCUGAUUGUAGAGAGCCUCUUGAUGUUAGUAAGAACUUUACGUUUGAAGUGAUUGCGAGCAUACUUGCUGAUUUCCGAAAGAUAUUCCCUUUUAAACUUUUUCACUUGGGAGGAGAUGAGGUCCAUACAGAUUGUUGGACCAAUACCCCCAAAGUAAAGGAAUGGCUUGAUGAACACAACAUGACAGCACGAGAUGCAUAUCAAUAUUUUGUUUUGCGAGCACAGAAAUUGGCAAUUAAUCUAGGAUGGACACCUGUCAACUGGGAGGAAACAUUUAAUGCGUUUAGUGAAAAGCUUAAUCCAAAGACUAUUAUUCAUAACUGGUUGGAUUCAGGUGUUUGUCCACGUGCUGUUGGUAAAGGUUUCAAGUGCAUUUUUAGCAAUCAAGGUGUAUGGUACCUUGACCAUCUUGAUGUGCCUUGGGAAAAGGUCUAUUCAAGUGAUCCUCUGGAAGGAAUUGAUGAUUCAUCCCAGCAAAAACUUGUAAUUGGUGGGGAGGUUUGCAUGUGGGGUGAAACUGCUGAUGCUUCUGAUGUUCAGCAAACAAUUUGGCCUCGUGCUGCAGCUGCUGCAGAACGCUUAUGGAGCAGCACAGAUGAUACUUCUAGUGAUUUGGACACUGUCUUACCAAGAUUAGAAUAUUUCAGAUGUUUACUUAACCAACGUGGCAUCCCUGCUGCUCCGGUGAGAAAUGAAUUGGCAAGAAGGCCACCCAGUGGUUUUGGCUCCUGUUAUAUGCAGUAAUUUAUACCUGGGUCUCCCUUAGUGAUGUUGUAAGUCAGCUUUGCAUUGGUUUGAAAUUGAAAAACUUGUAUUGUGGUAUACUUAAGAUGCCUUCUCAACAAGGUUAUCUUGUUGCUGGAAGUGGAACAAUGUUUCAUAUGAUUUUUGUUUAUCACUCAAACUACAUUGAGAACAGAUCAGAUUGCAAAAUUUAUUUAAUUGGAGUAUGGUGUCUCUUGGAAUGUCAA